AUGACCUCAGACGUGUGCAAUAAUCCGUCGAAGACAACGACCGGCAAUGUCAGGACACCAGCCGGUGCGAUCGUGGCUAGGCUGGGCUUUACGGCCAAGAGCUGCUACUCCACCGACACACCACAUCCGAUCGUCGACCUGCCGGGUUUGGGUAAGCUGAAAGGUUCGUACACUAAAGGCGCCUGGACCGGUGUUCCGAUUCAGCAGUACUUGAACGUUCGCUACGCUGAGCCUCCGGUCGGUCAGAAUCGUUUCAAGGCACCGGUUCCCGUUAAGCCGUGGGACGGCAUUCAGGAUGUAUCGGUACGUGGCCGGGCGGCUCCAAAUUACAACGACAUUAAGAAAAUUCCCGAAGACCAACGCACCGUGGAGCUGGAAGAUUGCAUUAGUUUGUGCGUUUAUACGAAAGACACCGCUGCUAAGCGGCCGGUUGCAAUCUACAUCCAUGGCGGUGGGUUCUACUGUGGAGGCGCCGCGCAACAUCCACCCGAGUAUCUGCUCGAGAAGGACAUCGUUCUCGUGGUGCCGCAGUAUCGGUUAGGACCGCUCGGUUUUCUGUGCACAAACACCGAAAAUAUCCCGGGAAACGCGGGCGUCGCCGACGUACUGUUGGCGUUCGAGUGGGUUCAGAAGUACAUCACACACUUCGGUGGCGAUCCGAUGCAAGUGACGGCCGUCGGACAGUCGGCAGGGGCCGGACUUUUAUCGGCCCUAAUGUUCAGCCCUGCCCACAAGGAGUCUCACUUCCAGCAAGUGAUCCUACAGUCGAGCGUCUCCUUUGGAACCUGGCAGUUCGAUCAUCACUCCGAGCGCAACACCCGGGACAUCGCGCGGCGGGCCGGAUGUGAUCCAAAGGUACCGCUCGAGCAGCUGGAUCAGUUUCUACUCGAGCAGGACACCAACACGCUGCUGAAAGCCUACAUGCAGCACUUUUGGCAGGGACUGACCAGAGGUGUCGACCAAAUUGGAGGCCGCCUGGUGAUCGGUGGCCCGUCGCAAAUCUUUCCCGUCAACCCGUACCAGGUGAUGAAGGCCGGUGGCGGGAGGCAAAAUAUCCCCAUGCUAAUCGGGGUAGUCAAAGAUGAGGGAACGUUCGCACUGGUUGAUAUGUUCACUGUCCUUACGGUACUCAAUUUACUGGACAAGAAGGAAUUUCUGCGCUUCGAUCUAACGGAGGAAAUUCAACGGAUUUUCGGCACGGUCGAGCCAACCUGCUCCCUUACGCCGUUGGCCAUUAAAAGCUUGUUCGAUCUUUGCGGAAUGAGCUUGAUCAAGUCCAGUGUGCUGCGUACCGCGCAGUACAAUAGUAGACACACGCUCAAUCGUACCUUCGUCUACACGUUCGACUACGAAGGGCAACACACGCGAUUCGGAUACGAUCAAGACAUUAGCCGCGUUCCGUUCGAUGGUGGAGUUCAUCAUAGCAACGAUCUGCUGUAUCUGUUCCCGUAUCCACCCAGUGCGGCCGAACUGAACGAACGCGACACGAGCAUGGCGAAAAGUAUGGUCGACCUCUGGACGUCGUUCAUUAUCGAUGGCAUUCCGCACUUAGGCUCAAACAAAAGAUGCUGGAACGACGGCGACGGCGUUGGUGGCAGUAAAUGA